AUGGAGAUGAAUUCUCUGGGUGGCAGCAAGUAUCUACUGCUGAUCGUUGACGAAGCCAGUGGAUGCAUGAAGGGCUUCUGUCUACGUGUGAAGUCGGAGAGUGAAAACUACAUCACACGAUACAUCACGAUGGUGCAAGCGCAGUUUGGCAAGAAGGUCAAGCUCGUCCGACACGACGGAGCCCGCGAGUUCGCAACCAACUCGCUUCAAGAAUUCUUCGAAGAGGAAGGCGUUGAGCAGCAGACGACGGUGCCAUAUGCACACCAGACCAACGGCACGGCAGAGCGCGCCAUUCGGACUAUCGUCACAAUUGGUCGCAGCAUGCUCCACCAUGCUAAGUUGGAAAAGUGCUUCUGGGCCGAAGCAGCAAUGACGGCAAUCUACGUCAAGAACCGUCUGCCGUCGCCUAAAGUUAUGCACAAGACUCUGUUCGAGAUCUUCCACAACUCCAAGCCAAGUGCCAAGCACAUUGACAUAAAGUGUCAACACAUCCGUGAUGAGGUCAAGCGCGGUGAAGUGAAGCUCAAGUACUGUGAAACUUCGGUGAUGUUAGCGGACAUCAUGACGAAGGGACUUCAUGGACCACGCCACAAGGAGAUGACGACGGAUCUCGGGAUUCGUGAGCAUUCGGAUUGA